AUGGGCCGCUCUUGGAUGAAGCCAGCACCAGCGGCUAAAACGAAGUCGGAUAAAGAAGCCAAGAGAGAGAAGGCGAGGGCCCAGCGGAGACGAAUGCAUGCGCGGAACCUGAUCUCUCAAUGGCAAAAGAAUGAAAUGCGAGCCAAAGUCCAUUCGGAUCCCAUCGAGUUCGAGACUGACCGGCAGAAGUUGGUAGACCACGCGAAGGCCGUGAAAUAUUUCAGGCGGGAGAAGAAGCUACUCAAGGAACUACUUGCCUACUAUGGGUUCAGUUCAUCGAUGCUGAGCGAACGCCAGAAAGAAAAGCUCGAAGAUUCGAAAUGGGAUACGCCGAAGCAUCUUUUCCGCGUGGCAUCGGACAUCAGCGCCAGGCACUAUCAAUCGACAAAGGGUCUAGACAGCAAAGACAUCCACGUUCCCGCCAUCUCUUGUGUGAAACACGACGGCAAAGGACUUGAAAAGGGAAUACACCACAUCGCCAACAGCUUAAUCGAGGAGCGAGACAUCAUCAGCAAGUUGGGCCACAGACUCAUGUGGGACGACCGCAAUAGCGAUCCAUUCCUCUCAUGGACGCCUUCGAUGCUCUUCGUGCUGGUUCUAGGUACAGCUCGAAAGGCUCGAGGGGAGAGAAGCAUCCACAUCACCAGUGUCGAUACCGAGCAAGCGCAACAGGCCAAGAUUGUCAAGUCAGAGUACAAAGUCGAGAGGAACGCAGAUCAGUCGAUCGCCCUGCGUCUGGACAACGGCACGGUCACCCGAGCUGGUUCCACCAAAUUCUACUCUGCAGAGCGUCUGCUGAGAGUCACGAAUGCUCGCUGUUGGAACAACUGGAAGCCUGGUCAGGUCAGCAAGCUCACAAACGACUGGUACACGGGCGAGUGGCUGUCUCAUGGCAUCGUUCUAUCCGACAAAAACAGCUACCGCGCAAACCUACUCGACAUCCUGGACGAUGAGCUCUACGACUACCACGAGCAGCUAGUGACUGCAGAGAACGAAGAUAUGAAGAGUCUCUACCAUCGUUGCGUACGAGCGCGGAGUCUAGCAUUUUCCGUCCACAACGAAGCCACAUUACUGACCAUCGAGGAGCUACAAAAGGCCAGCAGACACGCGGCCAGAUUCGUGGUCUCGGGAAAUGACAAGGAGAAGCAAGAAGAGCUGGACAGCCUUGUGCCUCCGUUGCACAUCUUCCUCAGCAUCCUCGGCCUUAAGAAAAGAGUCCGAAAAGACCACCUCUUCAUGCAAUGGAUCCGAGACCACUACACUCCCUCAGACAUCACGGCAUGCGACUACUCCAAAACCACCAAAAUCGCCAACAACCUGCCCGAAGUGAUGGAAACGCUCCACCUCGCCCGCGACGCCUGCAUCGCUCUCCUCGCCCCGGAAAUCCCCGCCAUCCACGUCUGGCUCGCGGAUCCGGACUUUGAUUUCGAUGGGCAAUGGCUGCAUCAAUUUCCUAAGGAGGUCAAGAUCAAGGCGUCGAGGGCGGGGAAGCCGAAGUUGGGGGAAGUGCCGAAUUUCGAUAAGGAUGGGAUGGCGCUUGAGGUUGUUGUGGGGAGGGAGGGGUGGGUUGUGCGGAGGGAGUGGAAGGAUGAGGGGGAGGUGGAGGAUGAGGAAGAACAAGGAGAUGGAGAAGAGGCUCAGAGCCAGGAGGAUCGAUCGAUGGAUCUCGAAGCGAUGGUUUCUGUCGAAGACGAAGGCGAGGAAGCAGCCGCCGAGAAAGAGGGUGUAGAUGAGGAGAUGGUGGUAGAUGCUCCUGACGAAGCGCGAGCAAGAGUGACGGACGAGGAUGAGGAUGAGGGAGAGGGAGGCAAUGAGAUCCCAGACGUGCAGAUGAGUGGAGGGGAUGUACGGGCUCUGGGCUCGAGCAUAUCCGAAGGUGAUGUGACGGCCUCCGACGACGACGGCGGUGCAAAGCAGAAGCAACCCGAGUCUGAGAUGGCAAGGGAAGAGGACAUGGCACUGGUCUAA